GGGGAAAUAAAACUCGAAUAAGGUAGUAUCCUGCGCACAGUGAUAAAAACAAUAGCACUACAAAUGAAUUUCACGUUACGAAAUAGUCGCAGGCUACUGGGGUAUUUUCACCAGCUGUGCAUAAUACGAGCAACUUGCUGCAUCAUUUUAAAGGCAUGUAGACAGGACGAAAUUGGACAAACAUAAAAUUGUUGUGUUUAAAUCUGUAUAAGAUAUGCGCGGGCUACCUCUAAAUUUUAGGCAUCCGUAGUAAAUUGCUCAUAAUUAGUGAGCGAAAGUGUGAUAAUUAUGCAGUAGAACUAGUGUUUGCGCAUUCAGCACAGUUAUGUUGCGGCCAAAAAAAAAAAAACAUGAUAAAGCCAUGAUAACUUACAUGAAAAUUUCGCCCUCUGGCUCAAUAAAUUUUAUCUCAACUUAUUGGAAAUAAAUAGCAUUUCUACGCACUCGAAUUGUGAAUGCUCGAAUUGAAUAGUUGCACGUGCUGUAUAGGGCGGUCACUUCGGGUUCGAAGUUUUAAGGAUUCACAUAGCAACAAUGCGCACUAAUUAUUCACUCCUUACUUGCAUGUUUUUCAGCAUUGGGUCAGUACAUGAUGGGGAAGCAGCACACGCAUAUCUCAAAGGCAGCCCAGGGGCUAAAGGAUGCCCGGACAAGCGAAAAUAUAUUAUGGCGAAAUACGUGAAGCCCGAGGGAGAUUCCUUCCUUCCAUUGUCUAACUGCACCCGCGAUCAAGUUAAGGCUUUUCUUGAAAGUGAUCGUGGCCGAUGUCUUUUAACUAACGAGGCGCGACUGUGGCCGCCUCUAUCCGAAGCAAUCCUACGAAAGCCCAUUGUGUAUGGAUCAAGGUAUUGCAGUUACCUCUACAAGGGUACUAGUGUGGAAUAUCAGCCGGUCUGUAUUUCCCAGAUUUGCAUGGAUGUUCCAAAAAAACCACCGCCAUUGCACGAGUGGUUAAUGACUCGUGCAAGUACUGAGUUCCAGGUAUCUGAUGACCUGUAUAAAUAAAGUGCGGAUAAAAAGUGGCCCCUUCAGGCGGCCCCAUGUCAUCGGCCUAUACAUGUUUUGUUUUGUGUGCUGCAUAAGACAGUUCAUAAUGUUCUUUUGAAUUUUACAGGGUAAUAAAGAUA